CCUGUCUGCCUCUUCGCGCAGGUGCACCUGCGAAGGGGGUCGGUGGAUCCCGCUCCAUGGCCUGAUAUUCUCACGUUCUCUGCCUGGUCAGGUGUCGCCACAGAGCAUCGGCCAAUGCGCGCGCAGGAGCGGUGCAGAGCUGCGCGGCACGGGGUUGCACUUGCCGCCUCGUGCGUUGUCGCUGCGACGCAGCCGCCAAUGGCAGCGGCCGACGGCGAGACCUCGGUGCCGUCGGCAGGCGCGCGCCCGUUGCUGCUGCAUCGGGUGCCAGAGGGGUUGGCAGCGUGCAAUGACGGCUCGCCGCCCAUCUACUAUCUGCGAGAUGGAGAUCACAGGCGUUUUGUCUUGUGGCUGGAGGGAGGCUUCGCAUGCUACUCCGAGGCGAGCUGCGAGAGCAGGGAGCGGUGGUUGACAACCAGCAGGGGCAGGCCGCUCACGGAGACGAGGAGUGGCAUUUUCUCCACUGAUGAGUUGGUGAACCCCCUCUUUUGGAACGCCACGAUGGUUCACGUGCACUACUGCAGCUCGGAUUCCUGGAUCGGCGAUCGCGACGAGCCCCUCUUCGGCGGCGGUUACUACUUCCAGGGCCAGCGGAUAAUCAGUGCGGUCGUGCGAGAGUUGGAGGCGCACCAUGGGCUCACAGAAGCCGGCUUGUUAUUGUUUGGCGGGUGUUCCGCAGGUGGCCGCGGGGCACUGUAUAAUUUGGAUCGCGUGUGCGGCAUGCUGAGGAACCCGGCAACGUUGUGCCGUGGAUUGUCCGAUGCAGCGUGGUGGGUCUUGCCAGAUGGCGGCACUACUUUGGAGCAGUCAGCAAAGGAUGGGGUUCAUGCCUGGAACGGCUCUGGCGCGUUUGCUCGCUGCGCAGCCUCACAACCAGCAGGUGCCGAGCAUCUCUGCAUGUUUGGGCCAAUACUCGCACCGCACGUGCGCACACCGUUUAUGGUGCAGGGAAGCUCGUGGGACACUUUCCAGCUGGGUCAAAACGGAAUACGAGGGUCAGCUUUCUUCUGGAGUCCUCGAUCGUGGAUCCGUGCGCGUGAGUUUCGUGAUGCUGUCCGUACUACCAUCAGCCAGUUGCCCGCACAAGACGUGGCAUUUUCUGCAACCUGCCUGGCGCAUUGCUUGGCAAACGAGGAAAGCUUCUGGAAGGUAAAGUUGGCCAGCUCCAGAGUUUCUAUGGAGGAAGCGUUGCGCCGGUGGCUGAUGCAGCCUGCCAAUGCAGAACAUGUUCACCUGGAUGGAUUCGGCGGCCUUAACAGUUCCCAGGGGUGCACUGACCAUUGGUCCUUCUGGCGAGCCGUUGCGCUGUUUACGGUGCUCGUUGUUUCUCUGCGGGCUUUCUUGAAAUUAGGGCUCAUUUGUACGACAAGGCUGCCGCUGGCCAAGCUCCAGAAGGUCUUCUACAAUAUGUCCCGAGGGAGGGUUCCCGACGAGUUGUCCGACCCCUUCGAGCCAGAGUCCAGUUUCGAGCGUCUUGCGCUCUCGACGAGUAGAGAGGUCCGAACAACAGGGGCGCAGAUGACCAGACUUGGCCGAUGA